AAAACAGCAGAAAAGUUACUUUCUAGAUUCUAAAUUGAAUUGAAAAUCGUGCAUUGUGUUUAAAAGCACGAAAAAUGAAUGUUUAAAACCAGUUUAUCUUGAUUUAUUGAACUAUUACUUCAAAUUCACACAUGAAGAAGUUUUUCCUGGGAGGCGAUGGUCGUGCCUCUAUACCAGUGGGAGCAGACAGUGAUCUCUCAUUUGAAGUGAAGGACGAGGCAGACGGGUCACUGGCCAUAUGCAAUGUCCAUGCAUCCUCCUCUUCACAUCUUCAAUCCAAGAUAGUCGAUGGAUUCUGCCUCGAAGGAAUCAGCUUGAAACUUUCUGGAAGGAGUGCUCAAGAUGUCAACGAACUCCUGGCGAAGUAUCAAUCAUGCAUCAGCAAAGUUAAAUUGAAACACCACCGAGAUGUCUCAAUUGAUGUCGGAGCUGGAGCCAGCGCUCUGCCACAUUCUGGAAACAAGAGCCCUAAAGCAGAGAGACCGGACGGAUCAGCAGACGGCGAUGGAUCAGGCGGCUUCAAAUUUGGUUUCGGAUUUGGCGGAGGAAAGGACGGCGACAGUGACGAUGAUGGAAGGACAAAACACAAGAAGGACAAAGACCACGGAUUUGGCGUCAACGUAGGUGGUGACUUUGAUGCAGAUGUCAAGGGGAAAAAAGUUAAGGAUGGACAUGAAAAGAAAGACGGCGACGGAUCAGGCGGCUUCAAAAUUGGUUUCGGAUUUGGCGGAGCAAAUGACGGCAACAGUGACGAUGAUGGGAAGAAAAAACCUAAGAAGGACAAAGACCAUGGAUUUGGCGUCAACGUAGGUGGUGACUUUGAUGCAGAUGUCAGGGGGAAAAAAGUUGAGGAUGGAAAAGAAAAGAAAGACGGCGACGAAUCAGGCGACUUCAAAUUUGGUUUCGGAUUUGGCGGACCAAAGGACGGCGACAGUGACGAUGAUGUGAAGAAAAAACACAAGAAGAACAAAGACCACGGAUUUGGCGUCAACGUAGGUGGUGACUUUGAUGCAGAUGUCAAGGGGGAAAAAGUCAAAGAGGGACAUGAAAAGAAAGACGGCGACGGAUCAGGCGGCUUCAAAUUUGGUUUCGGAUUUGGCGGAGGAAAGGACGGCGACAGUGACAAUGAUGGGAAGAAAAAACACAAGAAGGACAAAAAUCACGGAUUUGGCGUCAACGUAGGUGGUGACUUUGAUGCAGAUGUCAAGGGGAAAAAAGUUAAGGAUGGACAUGAAAAGAAAGACGGCGACGGAUCAGGCGGCUUCAAAUUUGGUUUCGGAUUUGGCGGAGCAAAUGACGGUGACAGUGACGAUGAUAGGAAGAAAAAACACAAGAAUAACAAAGACCACGGAUUUGGCGUCAACGUAGGUGGUGACCUUGAUGCAGAUGUCAAGGGGAAAAAAGUUAAGGAUGGACAUGAAAAGAAAGACGGCGACGGAUCAGGCAUCUUCAAAUUUGGUUUCGGAUUUGGCGGAGGAAAGGACGGCGACAGUGACGAUGAUGGGAAGAAAAAACACAAGAAGGACAAAAACCACGGGUUUGGCGUCAACGUAGGUGGUGACUUUGAUGCAGAUGUCAAGGCGGAAAAAGUUAAGGAUGGACAUGAAAAGAAAGACGGCGACGGAUCAGGCGGCUUCAAAUUUGGUUUCGGAUUUGGCGGAGCAAAUGACGGCGACAGUGACGAUGAUAGGAAGAAAAAACACAAGAAUAACAAAGACCACGGAUAUGGCGUCAACGUAGGUGGUGACCUUGAUGCAGAUGUCAAGGGGAAAAAAGUUAAGGAUGGACAUGAAAAGAAAGACGGCGACGGAUCAGGCAUCUUCAAAUUUGGUUUCGGAUUUGGCGGAGGAAAGGACGGCGACAGUGACGAUGAUGGGAAGAAAAAACACAAGAAGGACAAAAACCACGGGUUUGGCGUCAACGUAGGUGGUGACUUUGAUGCAGAUGUCAAGGGGGAAAAAGUUAAGGAUGGACAUGAAAAGAAAGACGGCGACGGAUCAGGCGGCUUCAAAUUUGGUUUCGGAUUUGGCGGAGCAAAUGACGGCGACAGUGACGAUGAUAGGAAGAAAAAACACAAGAAUAACAAAGACCACGGAUUUGGCGUCAACGUAGGUGGUGACUUUGAUGCAGAUGUCAAGGGGAAAAAAGUUAAGGAUGGACAUGAAAAGAAAGACGGCGACGGAUCAGGCAUCUUCAAAUUUGGUUUCGGAUUUGGCGGAGCAAAUGACGGCGACAGUGACGAUGAUGGGAAGAAAAAACACAAGAAGAACAAAGACCACGGAUUUGGCUUCAAUUCAGGUGGUGACUUUGAUGCAGAUGUCAAGGGGAAAAAAGUCAAAGAUGGACAUGAAAAGAAAGACGGCGACGAAUUGGACGGCUUCAAGUUUGGUUUCGGAUUUGGCGGAGCAAAUGACGGCAACAGUGGCGAUGAUGGGAAGAAAAAACACAAGAAGGACAGAGACCACGGUUUUGGCGUCAACGUAGGUGGUGACUUUGAUGCAGAUGUCAAAAGAAAAAAAAUCAAAGAUGGACAUGAAAAGAAAGACGGCGACGGAUCGGGCGGCUUCAAGUUUGGUUUCGGAUUUGGCGGAGCAAAUAACGGCGACAGUGACGAUGAUGGGAAGAAAAAACACAAGAAGGACAGAGAACACGGUUUUGGCGUCAACGUAGGUGCUGACUUUGAUGCAGAUGUCAAAGGGAAAAAAGUCGAAGAUGAACAUAAAAAGAAAGACGGCGACGGAUCGGGCAGCUUCAAGUUUGGUUUUGGAUUUGGCAGAGCAAAUGACGGCGACAGUGACGAUAAAGGGAAGGAAAAACACAAGAAGAAGAAAGACCACGGAUUUGGCGUCAACGUAGGUGGUGACUUUGAUGCAGAUGUCAAGGGAAAGAAAAUAGAAAGGGGGAAAAUAAGUAGUGAUUUCUCUGAUGGGCCACAAAAAGGAAAAAGGUAUGCCAAGAAUAGGGAUAUUGGCUCAUCUGGCGUUCAAUUGAGAGGUGAUUUGAGUCCGAGAGAUACAAAAAAACGCUCAAAUCGUCUUUCUUCUUCAUCACUUGACAAAUUUAGUUUCAGGGGACGGAAUUUUUCUGAAGGUCAAUCGGCAGGAGAUAUAAGUAUAAAGUCUGGCGAACUUGGUUCUAAGAAGGGUCAUAAACCUAAACGGUUUGGUAGUUUACGCAAAGUUUUUGGCGGCUCUUCUAGAAACAAGGAAGGUGGAGCCGACAUCCCAGCAAAUAAUGAGACUUCAAAUGUAGGUGGGGCAAGUUCCUCUGAUAGACCAGGAAAGGGGAAGCGUUAUGAAAAAAACAAGGAUGUCGGAUCAUCUGGCGUUCAUUUGGUUGGGGAUUUGAGUCGGACAGAUCGAAAAAAGCGCACAAAUCGUCUUUCUUCUGCUUCACUGGACAGAUUUAAGUUCAGAGGACGGCUUGGAUCUGAAGGUGAAUCAACGGGAGAUUUGAGUAUAAAGUCUGGUGAAGGUGGGGCUAAAAAGAGCGAUAAACCCAAACGACUCGGUAGCUUCAGAAAAGCUCUUGGCGGCUCUUUUAGACAUAAGGACGGCGGAGCUGAAGUUCGAGCCAAAUAUCAGACUCCAAAAGUAUCCCAAGACCUGACACCAAGUACUUCAAAGGAACCAGAACAACAGGGUACUGGAGGCCCAAAAAUUAAAGAAAAAUUAGGUGGAGGCGGUUUCAGUCUCGGAUUUGGUUUCGGCGGCGACAAAAUUUUUGGCAAAAAGACGAGAGAGCACAAAGAUGGCAAGCACGUUGCAUUCGGUAUAAAUAUAGGAGGUGACAAAAGUGGAAGCUUCAAAAAGGGUAAAGCGGACUCAGCGAGUGUACAGAGAUCAAAAACUCUGCCUCUUCCAAAACAUUCACAAAAAGCAGGGGGAGGCGUUGAUUUUGGAAUUAGUGCAGACGUUAAAGGCAAAGGAAAAAAACUCAUCGAAACCAAAGACAAAUCUGAUUUCAAUGGGUUUGAAUACAAUACUGGGUUCGGCGGGAACGACAGUGAUAACGAACGACGGAAAGCGAAGAAAAAACUCGAGAAACAACUCGGAUUCGGCGCCGACUUUCGUAAAGAUGUAAACAUCAAAGGGCCGGAAAUUGGAUUCAACGCUGAUUUUGAUUCUAGCACGACAAAACCUGUAGUACCAGUGACUAGAAAAGACUUCCACCAUCAAAUUGAUUUUGGCGCCAGCACAAAAAAGAAUGAAAGCAAGAAAAUUGGAAUCGAUUUCAAGCAUGAGGAUGACGUGAAAGCAAAUCUGAAUCUGAGAAAGCCCAAAAUUAAUAAAGAAAAAACAGAAGACUGUGGAUUCAAUUUUGGAACAGGGUUCGAAAGCGACCCCAACAAAAAAGUCGAAAACAUAGCAGAUUUUGAAGCGAAAAUCAAGCCUGAGAUUGGCGGAGGAUUCAAAGUCCCGAGUUUCGAAACAGCUUCAGGAAACGAAAAGCUGAAGAGCAAACACGACGUUGUUAAAAUUGGAUUCGACGUGGAUUCUGAUCAAAAUUUUGGACUUCGGAAAACAGGUAAAGAUUUUGGAAUAGAAUUUGGAGGACGAAAUGAAAAGCCAAAAUUGAAGAACCAAAAGUCAGACGAGGCCGGUUUCAAUUUCGGAUUAGAUGCCGACAGCGAGGGAUUCAACAAAAAUAAGUCAAAAACUGACAAAGUUGUUGAUUUUGGAGCAAAAAUCAAAUCCGAUAUCGGAAGCGGCAUCAAAAUUCCUAACUUCGAACUACCGUCGCCAGAUGAAAAGCUGCGAGAUCAGCACCUCAAAGUAGAGUUCGGCACUGAAACUGAUGCCAAAAUGAAUGUUCCAGGACCUGGAAAGAAACUUGAUAUCAACUUUGGCGAGAAAAUUGAUAAACCCAAAAACAAGAAAGAAAAAACUGACGGAGAUGCUGGGUUUAAUUUUGGUCUAGACGUUACAGGUGAUGGUUUCAACAAAGAUAAAACCAAAUUUGACAAAAAAUUUGAGUUCGGAGCAAAAAUAAAACCCAAUAUCGGAAGCGGCAUCAAAAUUUCUAGCUUUGAAAUACCGCCACCAGAUGUCAAGCUGCCCGAUGAACACCCCAAAAUUGGGUUCGGCACUGAUGCUGAUGUCAAAAUGAAUGCUCCAGGACCUGAAAAGAAACUUGAUAUCGAUUUUGGCGGGAAAAUUGAUAAACCCAAAACCAAGAAUGAAAAAACUGACGAAGAUGCUGGGUUUAAUUUUGGUCUAGACGUUACAGGUAAUGGUUUCAACAAAGAUAAAACCAAAACUGACAAAAAUGUUGAUUUCGGAGCGAAAAUCAAGCACGAUAUUGGAAGUGGCAUCAAAGUUCCUAACUUUGAACUACCGUCACCAGAUGACAAGCUGCGGGAUAAACAACUCAAAAUUGGGUUUGGCACUGAUGCUGAUGUCAAAAUGAAUUUUCCAGGACCUGGAAAUAAACUUGAUUUCAAUUUUGGCGGGAGUAUUGAUAAACGCAAAAUCAAGAAAGAAAAAACUGACGAAGAUGCUGGGUUUAAUUUUGGUCUAGACGUUACAGGUGAUGGUUUCAACAAAGAUAAAACCAAAACUGACAAAAAUGUUGAUUUCGGAGCAAACAUUAAGCACGAUAUUGGAAGUGGCAUCAAAGUUCCUAACUUUGAACUACCGUCACCAGAUGAAAGGCUGCGGGAUAAACAACUCAAAAUUGGGUUCGGCACUGAUGCUGAUGUCAAAAUGAAUGCUCCAGGACCUGAAAAGAAACUUGAUAUCGAUUUUGGCGGGAAAAUUGAUAAACCCAAAACCAAGAAAGAAAAAACUGACAAAGAUGCUGGGUUUAAUUUUGGUCUAGACGUUACAGGUAAUGGUUUCAACAAAGAUAAAACCAAAACUGACAAAAAUGUUGAUUUCGGAGCGAAAAUCAAGCACGAUAUUGGAAGUGGCAUCAAAGUUCCUAACUUUGAACUACCGUCACCAGAUGACAAGCUGCGGGAUAAACAACUCAAAAUUGGGUUCGGCACUGAUGCUGAUGUCAAAAUGAAUGCUCCAGGACCUGAAAAGAAACUUGAUAUCGAUUUUGGCGGGAAAAUUGAUAAACCCAAAACCAAGAAAGAAAAAACUGACGAAGAUGCUGGGUUCAAUUUUGGUCUAGACGUUACAGGUAAUGGUUUCAACAAAGAUAAAACCAAAACUGACAAAAAUGUUGAUUUCGGAGCGAAAAUCAAGCACGAUAUUGGAAGUGGCACCAAAGUUCCUAACUUUGAACUACCGUCACCAGAUGACAAGCUGCGGGAUAAACAACUCAAAAUUGGGUUCGGCACUGAUGCUGAUGUCAAAAUGAAUGCUCCAGGACCUGAAAAGAAACUUGACAUCAAUUUUGGCGGUAAAAUUGAGAAGCCCAAAACAAAGAAAGAAAAAACAUUCGAGGACGCUGGGUUUAAUUUUGGUCUUGACGUUAAUGGUGAUGGUUUCAACAAAGAUAAAGCCAAAUCUGACAAAAAAGUUGAGUUCGGAGCUAAAAUAAAAUCCGAUAACGGAAGUGGCAUCCAAGUUCCUAGCUUUGAACUACCGCCACCAGAUGUCAAGCUGCCCGAUGAACACCUCAAAAUUGGGUUCGGCACUGAAGCUGAUGCCAAAAUGAAUAUUCCAGGACCAGGGAAAAAAUCUGAUAUCGAUUUUGGUGGAAAAAUUGACAAACCAAAAGUGAAGAAAGAGAAACUAGACGAUUCCGGAUUUUCACUUGGUAUACAUGAUGGAGACGACGUGCAGUUUGAAAAAGGAAAAUCGAAAAUUGGGAAAACUUUUGGUCUCGUUAGCCAAGUCAAACCGGGAACUGACGGUGGGACUGGAACUCCGGAUUUCGGAGUUCCGGAUAUUGAUAUGAUUAAAAGAAAAAACAAAGAUAUUGGAAUUAAAAUCGGGUUUGGCAAGGACCAUGGAGUUCACAGUGAUGUUGAUAUGCCCAAAACAAACAAAGUUUUCAGUGUCAAUUUCGGAGGCAAAAUUGAUAAACCAAAAAUUAAAAAAGAAGCAAAUGAAGACGCUGGGUUCAACUUUGGAACUGGAUUUGACACCGGAGAAGAGAAAGCAGCUAAAUCUGGAAAAUCUUUUGACUUUGGAGUCAGCUCCAAGCCUAAAGUAGACAUUAAAGUGAAGCCAAAUGCUGAUUUUGAUUCGAAACCAAUCGAAAAAGACUCCAAAAGUUUCGGUCUCGGAUUUGGCGGUAAAUCUGGAGGCGGAUUUCUUGGAUUGGAUGUCAAACCGGCAGCUGACAAAGUUAGGUCCAUUUUCAAUGCUGAUGAACAUCACGACGACGAUCAAGAUCAUGGUAACUUCAAAAUUGGAUUUGACUUUAGUGGUGACCCAAAAACAACCGAAAAGAAAUCGGCCGAAAACGAAGCAGAUACUGAAGAAAAGUUGAGUGUCGAAAAACCGAAAGGAAAGAUAACAAAAACUGGUAUUGGAUUUGCCGGCGUAGUCGGCGGUGGAUUCAAAGUUGACAAACCAAAAGUAAAAAAAGAAAGAACCGACGAUAGUGGGUUCCAGUUUGGAAUGGCGGACGACGAUAUCCCGAAGAAAGAAAAGCCAGGAAAGGGCUUGGACUUUGGUGUCAGAGUUCAACCUCCCAGUUUAUCGGGAGUUGGCAAAAGUAAAAUUCCAAGUUUUGGAAAGCCGGAGAAAGGGGGCAUGAAAACAAACGUGAAGCUAGGUUUCGAUGCCGAUACCUCGCAUGCGCUGGAGGUUGAGAAAGGAGAUUCACUCAAGAAACAUUUUGAUGCUCAUACAGAUAUUGAAAAACCUAAAUCACCUUUCGAUGCUUUGCCAAAAGAAGGAGAUUUCAAAAUUGGGUUCCAUUUCGACGCUGAAAAACCAGAGACCCCAUUGGGAGUUGCGAAGAGUCUGAAGCGAAAAAGUGCCGACUUGAGUCCGGAGCUUGCGGCAGAAGCCCAAGUAGAUGUAGAUCAUGAAGUCAAUGUUGAGAACCAACUAUUUGACUUAGAUUCGGAUACCUCUGUUGGAAAACACAAAAUACCUAGUUUCAUGGACAAGAAGCUGGGAAAGGAAAAAGAUGACGACGAUGCAUUCAAAAUUGGAUUUAAUUUCAGCGGUGAAGAUGGCGAUGAAAAAAAUAACAGUGUUUUCGGAUUUGGAAUCAAAAAACCCAAAGUUGACGUCAAACAAAAGGACGAUUCCGAAGGAGGGGGAGGAGGUCGUUUUUUCGGAUCCAUGCUGGAAAAAGUCAAAAAUACCGUCGUUGAUGGCGCUGGAAGCCUCGGUUUUGGAUUCGGCGCUUCGGCUAAUAUUGAAGAUGAUUUCGACGACAAAGAAGAAGAGCGGAAGAAAUUGAAGAAGCUGGCUAAAGGAAGAGGUGAAGUGGACUUCGGAAAACCCUCUCAGACAUCAUCAGUCGGACAUGACGAGCGAGUAUUGUUCAGCACCGAAAUUGAUGCCGAUUUAAAUUCUAAGGAACCUAACGGUUCCAAGAAAGGAAAGAAAGGGAAACUGGGCGCUGGAUUUGGGAUAGGGUUUGACUCGAAUAUUGAUGUAAAAGGAAACGUGGCGGGUUCAGCACCAAAGAUCUCUGUUAACCCUGAAAACUCGUUGACUCCUCGGAGUGCCGAAGUCUCGAUUUCGUCGUCCAAGACCUCCGCUUCGGACGAUGCACCAUCUUAACCCAGCAAGCGCGGCUAUUUCUACUCUUUUAUAUUACAAAUUUAUGAUAAACAGUUUAUAAAUACGAAGUUUACAGAAACUUACUAACUUUGUCGGGAAGAGUGUACAAGAUUUUUAUGAAACAUUUGGAAAACUUUUCAUUGAUGCUUAAAAUGACCCAUAUUUGCAAGCACCGAAAGAAUCUAGGGUAACAAAGCUGGAUUUACAUCAUCACAUUUGAUACCAUGCAACUAACUAAAAUUUAUAUUAUCUCACCCCGUAAUUUUUUCCUAUAGUACACACUAAUUCAAUCUAUGGCAUAA